AUGUCUGAUUCCACGGGCAAUAUGCCCAACUACAACGAGAUUCUCUCGCAGAUCUCGGUGAAUCUCAACAACGCCCUAAACACAUUCGGUGCUUCUUCUCGGCAGUACCAGACCGUCCUUGAGAUCCUCAAAGAUUGCCUCCGAAGGAUCGACCGUGAUCAGGACCACAAGCCCCAGGCCUUGGAUGCCGAUACGCUGAGUUUGGCCAUGGGCUUCCUGGAAAUUGGAAACACGGCAUCUGCAUGA